GGGCUGGAUACAAAGUAGCUGGGUGCAAAUGAGGUCAAGCGAAGGCCGUUACUCAGGAGGAUUUUCUGUCUGAAUGAACAGGUGUCGCGCACAUGCCGCCCGAGGACUUCGACUGCGUCGUGAUAGGAGCCGGGGUGCAGGGCUGCUUCACCGCGUACCACCUGGCUAAAAAUGGCAAGAGAACUCUUCUGCUCGAACAGUUCGUCCUGCCUCACUCCCGCGGGAGCUCUCAUGGUCAGACGCGGAUCAUCCGGAAGGCGUACGAGCACGACUUCUACACCCACAUGAUGGCCGAGUGCUACCAGCUGUGGGCACAGCUGGAGAAGGAGGCCGGCGUCCAGCUGUACAGGCGUACAGGCCUGCUGCUGAUGGGGCCAGAAAAGGGGCGGGACUUCCAGCUCUUCAGGGACACGAUGGAGAGGAACGCCAUUCCCACCGUCACCCUGGCGCCCGGCGAAUUUGGCCGGCACAUCCCCCACGUCAACCGUAGCCCCGGCGACGGCGCCAUCGUGGACACCACCGCCGGGGUGCUGUACGCCGACCGCGCCCUCAGGGCCGUCCAGGAGGUCUUCCGGAGGCUGGGCGGAGUCAUUAAGGACGGGGAGAAAGUGACCGACGUUCAGCCUGGCUCUCCGGUCGCCGUGACGACCGCCUCCGGGACAUACAGGGCUAAGAGCCUGGUGAUCACCGCUGGACCCUGGGCAAACACACUGCUGUCUCACACCGAGCUCCAGCUACCACUGCAGGUGGUGAAGAUUAACGUGUGCUACUGGCGGGAGAAGACCCCUGGGACGUACGCCGUUAGGAAUCGUUUCCCCUGCUUCCUCCACGUGGAUGUGGCAGAGCACCACAUCUACGGCCUCCCAUCCAAUGAGUAUCCAGGACUGGUGAAGGUCUGCUACCACAUGGGGAGCGAAACGGACCCGGACGAGAGGGACAGACAGACGGACAGGGGGGACAUCGACGUCCUAUCCCGCUACAUCGCCCGCCAUUUCCCCGGCCUGGUGCCCACCCCGGCGGUGGUGGAAAGCUGCAUGUACACGCUGACUCCAGACCACCAUUUUGUGUUGGACUGUCACCCGUCCCACAGAAACAUCGUCAUCGGCGCUGGAUUCUCAGGUCACGGGUUCAAGUUUGGGCCCGUAGUGGGGAAGGUGUUGUGCGAGCUUGCCCUGGGUAGGAUGCCCUCCUACGACCUCUCACCCUUCAAAAUCCAGCGCUUCCCGCCCCACUCGAAAUCCGCUCUGUAGGCCGGGGAACCCAAGGCAGACACCCGCCCCAGCCACACCAGCACCCCCGCUGCUACACCACCAUCUGCAGCGGGGGGGGGGGGGGGGAGGGAAGGCCGCUUUCCCCUGUCCUGCGUCACGUGACCUGUACCGACGUGUCACAGUGGCCAGCUCCAUGUCGCCGGGCGGAACAGAGCGGUGACCAGGAAGCACGCCUUCAGCUCGACGUCCGCGGGCCAGCGAUGCCUCCCGUCUCCCCCCC